AUGAUGGGUCCAGUUGAUCUGACGUCGGGCAAGACCAUGAUGGCCAAUGGUCCGGAUGCUCUGCAUCUCUACGUGGCCGAGAAGUUCGAGGCUGCAAUGGACCGCAAGAUACCGCAGAUGGAGGUGCGCUACCACAACCUGAGUGUCACGGCCAACGUGGCAGUAACCGGUGAAAUCACGGCAAAAUCGGAGCUGCCGACAGUGUUCAACACUAUCAAGCGCAGCCUGGCCAAGUUCGCGUGGAACAAGCGCGUGGUGCACAAAGAGAUCAUCAAGAAUGCAAGCGGGGUAUUCAAGCCGGGUACUAUUACACUGUUGCUGGGCCAACCAGGGUCAGGCAAGACAUCUUUGAUGCGUGUACUCGCUGGUCAAUUCCCUAAGAGUGGCAACGUCAAGAUUGAGGGCAAUGUGACGUACAAUGGUGUGCCACGAGACGAGAUCGGCAAGGUAUUACCGCAGUACUCAGCCUACGUGACGCAGUUCGACAAGCAUUUCCCUACUCUUACGGUACAAGAGACACUAGAGUUUGCGUAUGCAGUCUGUGGCGGUGGCAUGUCGAAGCACACGGAGGAGAUGCUGAGUCACGGCGCUCCAGAGCAGAAUGCAGAGGCUUUGGAGACCGCUCGCAAAUACUUCGAAAACUUCCCAGAUUUGGUCAUCGAACAGCUUGGAUUGCAGAUCUGUCGAGAUACCAUCAUCGGCAGCAACAUGCUUCGCGGUGUAUCUGGUGGAGAGCGUAAGCGCGUGACCACAGGAGAAAUGGAGUUUGGUAUGAAAUACAUGACGCUCAUGGACGAAAUUAGUACUGGUUUGGACAGUGCCGCGACCUUCGACAUCAUCACGACGCAGCGCAGUAUCGCCAAAAACCUUCACAAAACGAUCGUCAUUGCAUUGCUUCAGCCAGCGCCGGAAGUAUUCGACCUAUUUGACGACGUGAUGGUACUGAACCAUGGUGAAAUCAUCUACCAUGGCCCUCGCGACCAAGCAGUACCGUAUUUUGAAACGCUAGGCUUCAAAUGUCCUCCUCGUCGCGAUGCUGCCGAUUUUUUGUUGGAUCUUGGGACGAAGAUGCAGCUGAAAUACCAAGUAGGGCUUCCUCCUGGAAUGUCGAGACACCCUCGCCUUGCCAAUGAGUUCUCCGAGCACUGGCGUCAAUCACCUCUGUACGAUAAAUUGGUUCGAGAUAUUGAGGCUCCGUGUGACCCCAAUCUCUUAAAAGACGUCGAAGAGCAUAUGGACCGGAUGCCAGAAUUUCGUCAGGGCUUCUGGGAGAGCACGAAGGCAGUGACUAAGCGACAGUGGAAGCUUACCAGUCGGAACAAGUCCUUCAUCAAAUCUCGGGCGUUGAUGACUGUGGCCAUGGGAUUAAUCUACGGUAGCGUAUUCUACCAAACAGACCCGACGGAUGUCCAGAUGAUAAUCGGGGUUCUGUUCCAGGCAGCAAUGUUCAUGAGUUUGGGUCAGACUGCACAGGUCCCGACCAUCGACGCCGCUCGGGAGGUUUUCUACAAGCAGCGCUCCGCCAAUUUUUACCGUGCAGCGUCGUUUGCAAUCGCAAACUCCUUGGCGCUAAUCCCGCAGGCUAUUGCAGAAGCACUCAUCUUUUGGUUCAUUGGUGUAUUGGAUGACUGGCCUUGUCCGUCAUGCAGGACAUUUCAUCAUCUUCUUGAUAUUCCUGGUCCAAACCAACCUCGUGUAUGCGUCGUGGUUCUUCUGCUUGACUGCUAUCUGUCCAAGUUUCAAUGUCGCUAA